AUGGAAGAAUCUCAUAUGUUGUUAACGGAGAUUCCAGGACUGUUUAGUCAUCAUCAUCAUCCGCAUCAGUUUAGUCACCAUCAUCCACAUCAAUUCACACAUACAAGAAAUUUGAAUAUUCAUCGAUAUGCCCCUUACAAUUUACAUCAACAAUACACACCUGCACCACCGCCUGUAUACAUUCCUCGUCGUUUACCGACCACAGUAGCGCCAAUAAUUCGUCCCAUCACAUCCCCAUCUCCACCACCACCGGAGGGCACGCACAUUGGACAUUUAUACCCAGAACUUUUAACAAUGAUAUUUUCAUAUCUCGAUGUACGUGAUCGUGGUAAUGCUGCUCAAGUUUGUACAGCAUGGAGAGAUGCCUGUUAUUCGAAGAGCGUUUGGAAGGGAGUUCAUGCAAAGCUUCACCUCAGAAGGUCGUCGCCGUCGUUCUUUCAGUCGCUCAUGAAGCGUGGAAUACGUCAUGUCCAAAUUCUCUCUUUGAAGAGAACAUUAAAAGAUGUUGUAACGGGGGUCACAAAUUUAGAAUCGCUUAACUUAUCUGGUUGUUAUAACGUAACUGACCCUGGUCUUGCACAUGCUUUUGGUUUCGAUUUGCCAAAUUUGAAAAUUUUAGAUUUAUCUCUAUGCAAGCAGGUCACGGACUCAAGUCUUGGUAGGAUUGCACAACAUUUAAAAAAUCUGGAAAUUUUGGAGCUGGGAGGAUGUAGCAAUAUUACAAACACUGGCCUUUUACUCAUUGCAUGGGGAUUAAGAAAACUGAAGCGUUUGAACUUAAGGUCGUGUUGGCAUAUUUCCGAUCAAGGUAUUGGACAUUUAGCAGGGUUAAGUAAAGAGACAGCUGAGGGAAAUUUGGAGUUGGAAUAUUUAGGAUUGCAAGAUUGCCAAAGAUUAUCAGAUGAAUCCCUCAAGCAUAUCGCUCAAGGACUCAUAAACCUCAAAACCAUAAACUUGAGCUUCUGCAUAUCGGUAACUGACAGUGGACUUAAAUUUUUAUCUAAGAUGCCAAAAUUAGAAGAAUUAAAUUUACGCGCUUGUGAUAAUAUAUCGGAUAUAGGAAUGGCAGGUCUGACGGAAGAAGGCGGAUGCGGAAUUUCUUCACUCGACGUUAGCUUUUGUGAAAAGAUUGGAGAUCAAGCUCUACAACACAUUUCUCAAGGAUUGUAUGGCCUAAAAUCGUUAAGCCUGAGUUCAUGUCAAAUCAGUGACGAGGGCUUGGAGAGGCUGUCAAAAAUGCACGACUUACAAGUACUCAAUGUUGGACAAUGUAGUAAAAUCACCGAUAAAGGAUUAGAAAUGUUGGCGAAUGAACUGGUGAACUUACAAUCAAUUGACUUGUAUGGCUGCACAAAAAUAACAUCAAAAGGGAUUGACAUCAUCAUGAAGUUACCAAAAUUAAAGUCUGUCAACCUUGGAUUAUGGCUUGUAAGGUGA